CUUCUUUCACUCUUCUACUUACUUUUUCACGCAUGCACAUGUAUAUCCCUCAUGAACUUUUGAAUAAUUAAGCUUUGUGAUGCUUGCUCUCUUAACCAAACUCAAACAACUCGUUACUUUCUUUCUAUGGCGCCCAUGAGAAGGAAUGGCCCGAGGAGAGUGACUCCUAAGGACUGUCUUCAUCAACAAUCUGAAUCUCCAGCCACAACACUUCCAUUUUUUACUGCUGUAAUGCUUGAAAGACACAUUCUUCAACAUACACUAAGGAUCCCAAUGAAGUCUGCAAUGAUAUAUGGUGAGGAUCUUUCUGAAGCUGCUACCCUCACUGUUCCUAAUGGUAAUAAAACUUGGAAAAUAAGAGUGAAAAGAGGAAAGAACUUUAUCUGGUUUGAUGGUCUGAAAGAGUUUAUAGAGCACUACUCUAUACAUUAUGGCUCCGUAUUAGUGUUUAUAUACCAAGGGAGUUCAGAAUUCUCUGUCCGUAUAUGUGAUGCAAUGGGUGCUGAGAUUGACUAUCCAUCUCAUGCUCCAAAAAACACUGAUGAAGAGACUGGUUUUGGUCAUCAUAACAAGGAAGACAAAGAAUCAGAUGAUGAUGACCAUAGCAUUGAGAUUUUGAUUCCUAAUAAGCUUCCAAAAUCUCAAGGCUCUUGUAAAAGCAAACCGUUCUAUGUUGGAUUUGAUGAUGAAGGUAAAAAAAAGUUUACUCCAAGGAAGAGAGGCAGGCCCAGAAAACAAGGUAUUAGAAGUGUUGGUUUCAUGGAUUAUCCAGCUUCUUCUAAAAGAGCUCAACCAAAAGAAGGUGAAUUCAAGUAUGGUGCUGAAGAAGAGGCUCAUGAAAUGGUUGUUUCCCAUAGUCUCUCCUUCACUAAAUCAAAAAGACUAAUGUUGUCAAAGGAAACUAAAAUGGCAGUUCAUGCUGCUGAAAUGCAGAAGCUUCAAAACCCUUCUUUCAUGGUUAUCUUGAGGCCAUAUGCUAUAAAGUGUGGCUUAGUGUUUGUGCCUGUUGAAUUUGUAAGAAGGUAUUUAAUGAAUCAGAUCUCAGAAGACGUCUUAAUUCAGGUUCACAAUGAGAAUCGCAAGUGGCCUGCUAAGUGCUCAUUCAGAGACAAUGAUGGGUCGACCUUAAUAAAGAAACUGCACCAAGGAUGGGCUUCAUUUUCGUCGAGUAAAAAAUUGAAGGCUGGAGAUGUCUGUGUUUUUGAGGUGAUCAUCAAUAGGCUCAAAGAAAUGUUGAUCAGAGUGUGGAUAUAUCGAGCUGCUAAUUAUGCAGGGCCAUCAUCAUCACCAAAAUGUUUCAAAGCUAAUUAGUAACUCAUGUGUUAAAAUAAGAGUAGGAAAGGAAAAUAUUUAUAUAGCCACUUUUGUUUUUUGUUUUUUUUUUUGCUUUUGGUGUUUAGUAAUUAGUAUUGUUGUUUAGCUAAUUGGAAAAUAGCUAUAUUAUCUAUUAGAACUUAUUAUUUUAGUGGUUUUUUGUUGGAAGAGUCUGCAGCAUUACAAAUAUGGUAAUUUGCAGCUGCAUGGCUGAUUGUUAAUCUUUAAUGCAUCUAUCUUUUAGA